AUGUCCGGCGUCAACGGUACCGAAGAUCCACACGUUAUCGACGAGGAGAACGUCGAGGAGUGGAAGAAGCGCGCACCAUACUGUAUCCACGAGAGCAACGACGGCUUCAAGGCCAGAUACGAGGCUUCGUGCCAUUGCGGAAAAGUGCAAUAUGAGCUGUCGAGAGAGGAGCCGUUGGAUAGCAAGUUGUGUCAUUGUACUACUUGCCAGACCCAGCAUGCUGCUCCCUUCCAGUGGGCUGCUAUCUUCAAGAAGGACGACAUCUCGUUCCGCAACGGCCACCACAACCUGGAGUGGUAUGAUCCAACGACCAAGUCCAUCGAGCACAAGCUGCCUUGCAAGGUCCGCUGUGGGUACUGCCACAGCCCGAUUAUGGAUGAGGGCCGCAACAUGGUCCUGCUCUUUCCGAGCCUGAUCCAUUUCAAGACCGAGCAGGACAAGCACAACUUCAAGCCUAGGUGAGCAUGCUUCACAGAAACCUUUCCUGUACUUGAGUACUGAUCGUGGCUAGACUGCACAUGUUCUACAACGAGCGCGUCAUGGACAUCCCCGACGGGUUGCCCAAGUGGACCAAGUUGAACGACGGCGAGGGAUCCGAGCUCAUCGAGGACUCGCCGCCAGACAUGAUCCGCGAGCUCGAGCGCAAGCGGACCGAAGAGCAGAAGAAGCGGAGCUCGUUUGAGACGGAGUUUGGCAGUGGUGUGAACAAGAAGUGA